CACCCCAGACCGCCGCCGGCCCGGCCUCUGCAUCUCCACGCCUCUCUCUCGCCGACAGCGCCCGCGCCAUGAGUGCCGAUGCAUCGGGCAUCGCCUCGCGCGUCUCGGCCGUCGCGACGCAGGCGCUCGAGCCGCCGGCGCUGGCAAAGGCCGGCAAGCUCAACCCGCUCGCGGCCCUCUUCGACGGCCUGCGCCAGGUCAUCGUCGCGUCGCUGCGCCUCACGGCGAGCAUCGUGCGCUUCAGCAGCGUGACGGUGCCGAGUGCCAUCUAUGCUGUGCUGCACUACAGCUUCACCCUGCAGCUCAACUUUCCCAGUCUCGCGCUCCUCUUCAUCAGCUCGCUCGUGGCGACGUUUGUCUGGCUGCGCUACCGGCAUCUCAACCGCUACGAGCGUCUGCGCGAGGUGCCGCUGACCAAGGACGAGGGCUUCAACCUCCACCCCGACGUCAGCGGCACCGCCGAGGACGGCGAGCGCGGCGGCGGCUUCCACAACUACCUGGAUGAGUUCUUGCAGGCGAUCAGAAUCUUCGGCUAUCUCGAUAAGCCGGUCUUCCACGAGCUUGCACGCCAUCUGCAGACUCGCCGUCUUAUCGCGGGCGAUACGCUUUCUCUUGACUCAGACUUCUCGUUCUACAUCGUGAUCGACGGCAACGUCCAAGUCUACGCGCCGACGCCAGAAGGCCCUGAUGGCGGUGCAGCUGCUCGCGCUGACGGCUUCGACGAUGAGGAGCACAACGGCUACCAGCUGCUCAACGAGGUCGGCAGCGGUGGCACGCUGAGCUCGCUCUUUACCAUCUUGAGUCUCUUUACGGAAGACGUGAAGCUCGGCUUCGGUGACGAUGAGGGCGUGCGGAGCACCGGCGUCGGCGCCAACACUGCCGGGCUCGAUGGCUUGCGCCGGCGCCCGGGCCAGCGUCCCGUGCGCUCCGACGACACGGCUGCCUCGCACACGCUGCUGCGCCCUGGAGGCAGCCAGCUGCAGCUGAACGCCGCCGCUCUGCGCAACAUUCCCUCUGCGAUGAGUGCGACCGGCGCCGUCGAGCGGCUUGACCCUCUUGCGCAGCUCCACUCCGCUCGUCGCGUGUCGUCAAGCCGCGGCACCGACGAUGGCGAGACGGUGCACGAGGGUGAUGGUGCAAGCACGGUGCUCGACCCUAACGAGCACCAGUAUGCAAGCGGGCAGCCCGGCUCGAGCGGGCUGCGGGACGUCUCUCCCGCACCAGACCUGCUCCCUCCGGCGCAGGCUGCGGCGCCCUUCUCCCACUUCCUGCCGAGCACGCCCGCUGCCAGCAGCAGCGGCGGGCGCAGGACCGCAGCCGGCACGCCGGGCUCUGCCAACUUCUCGCCGCUGCUCAUGGCCGAGGUCGGUCGUGCGCAUUCGUCGACGACGCACACCACUGAAGGGCGUCCUGCUACGCCUGGCAGCAUCCUUAGCGGCUUCAGCGGUCUGAACGGCAACGAGGCGCGCGGGCGGCCCAGCGACUCGAUGCACCACGAGGGCGUCGGCACCGUGGCGCGCGCAGUGACGGACACGACGCUUGCAGUCAUUCCGGCCGAGGCAUUCAAGCGCCUCACGAAGCGCUAUCCAAAUGCCGCCGCCCACAUUGUGCAGGUCAUUCUGACGCGUCUGUCGCGCGUGACCUUCCACACUGCGCACAAGUAUCUCGGCCUGACGAAGGAGGUGAUGCGCACGGAGAAGCACAUCAACGAGCUCGCCUGCUUCACGCUGCCGGCUGCGUUCUACGAGCAGGGCGGCAUGGAGCGACUGCGCCAGCGCUUCCUGCCCGAGCCGAACAAGAACGCGCGGCCCAGCAAGGAGGGCAGUUUCGGCGCCGCUGCUGCCGACAUCGACGACUACUUCCGCGAUGCCAAGGUGUCGCGGCACGCCAGCUCAUCGUCGCGCGGCGGCAUGAGCGCCGAUACGUCGCCCGAGCUGCGGCGCAAGGGAGGGCGCGAGGGCAGCGGAGCAACUGCGCGCCCAGCGAAGACUCCGUGGGGCCACCCGGACGCGCCGCUGCGUACGCCGACGAGUCGCACGUCCGUGGGUCCCGGCGACCUCUUCAGCAUGACGGGAACCGACGAGAUGGGCCGGCCCAGCAGUCCGCUCUCGUACCUCGUGGCCACGCCGCGCCCGCGGCGCGGCACCAAGGUCGACGAUCUUGGCACGAUUGCUCAGGGGCGCCUGUCGACGAGCAGCGAGCGCAUCGCCAACUUCGGCGGCAGAAGCACCGAGGCUCUCGUCAGUCCACAGGGUCGCGGAAGCGAGGGCGCGGGCUCCGAGAGCGAUGCGGCGUCGUUCGCCGGCUUCGGCACGGGCGUGCUCGCCAACUUCGACCUCAAGGACGCGGUCAUGUCGUGCAUUGCGCGCUCGAUCGGCCUCGCCCAAGCGCCUGCCAGCGACAGUCCGGUCGCAUCCAUGUCGGCGAGUCCGUUCAUCAACCCCGCCGAUGCGGUGCUGCAGCGCGGCGUCUUCAAGAGCGCGUUCAGCAGUCUGAGCAUGCUCGAUGCAGCCAUGUCGUACGAGGACGAGAGCAGCGUGACGGGCGCCAGCAGUGCCUUUGGUGUGCAGCACGCCGAUCUCGAGAAUGAGGUCGAGGUGCGCUUCUUCCCCGCUGGAAGCACACUAGCACGCGCUGGCGAGAAUGCCGCUGGUCUCUUCUACGUGAUUGACGGCUUCCUCGACGUCAUCGUCCCGCCGGACGUCGACCAGAAGCUCGCCGAGAAGGAAUUUGAGCGUCCGGCUGGGCCCAAGCCAAAGGCUCCGGCACGCCACCCGUCGACGUCCCGUCCGGCCAAUGCUCGCUCAGGCACCAUCCGGCCAGAGUCCACUCGCCGCACGUCACCCACGACGACGAAGCCGCCCGCAGCAAGAGCCAGCGCGCGGCCUUCGAGCAUGGGCGGUGCGCCGUCAUCGUCCUCGCGCAUCGGCAACGCUCUCGACGGCACUCACGCCGGUGCCGUUCCACGACCGGCCAACCGCAGCCGGCCGACUGGAGGCAAGACGCCCGGCCCUGCGCCCGCAGCCGUGCCGCUCCAGCACGCUGGGCCCGACUUUGGCCUGCCCGAGAACCGCAAGGAGGGCCCGCGCGCCAUCUACAGCGUCGGACGCGGCGGCAUUGCAGGGUACCUCUCCAGCCUGCUCGGUGCGCCCAGCUACGUCGAUGUCGUGGCCAAGACGGACACGUACGUGGGCGUGCUGCCGGCCAAGGCGCUGGAGCGCGUUAUGGAGCGCCGGCCCAUCGUGCUGCUCACGCUGUGCAAGCGGCUCCUGAGUCUGCUCAGCCCUCUGAUCCUGCAAAUCGACUCGGCACUCGAGUGGGAGUCGGUCAACGCAGGCCAGGUCAUCUAUCGCGAAGGCGACCCGUCUGACAGCUUCUACAUCGUCAUCAAUGGCCGCUUGCGUGCCAUCACGGAGCGCACUGGCGGAGGCGUGGAGGAGAUCCAGGAGUACGGCCAGGGCGACAGCGUCGGCGAGCUCGACGUCAUCACGCGCUCGCCGCGCCGCAAGACGCUGCACGCCAUCCGUGACUCGGAGCUGGCGAGGAUGCCAAUGACGCUCUUCAAUGCGAUCUCGGUGCGCCACCCGGCCAUCACGAUCCAGAUCUCGCGCAUCAUCGCGCGACGUGUACGCGACGAGGUGGCCACCAAGCAACGCCAGUCGAUGCCGAUGCUGCAGUCGCCGCCGGUGCCUGGCCUGCCGGAUCUCGGCCGCAACAACCUGAACCUCAAGACGGUCGCCAUCGUGCCCGUCACGCGCGACGUGCCCAUCUCCGACUUUGCGAACCGUCUGCAGGCGGCGUUCGAGGACACGAUCGGCGGCCCAACGGCGUUCCUGAAUCAGAGCAGCGUCAUGGGCGUGCUCGGCCGCCACGCCUUCAACCGCAUGGGCAAGCUGAAGCUUGCUGGCUGGCUCGCCGAACAGGAACAGCGUUACCGGCUUGUGCUGUACGUCGUCGACACGGCCGUCAGCUCGCCGUGGGCGCAGACGAGCAUCAGGCAAGCAGACUGCGUGCUGCUCGUGGGCUUCGGAGACGACCCGACCACGGGCGAGUACGAGCGCCUGCUGCUGGGCAUCAAGACGACUGCACGCAAGGAGCUCGUGCUGCUCCACCCUGAGCGCAACGUUCCGCCCGGAGCCACGCGUGCCUGGCUGAAGUCUCGGCCGUGGAUCUCGGCGCACCACCACGUGGAGCUGCCCGGCAUUUCGCGCUCGCACGCGGCACCGACCAGUCCCGUGGAUCCCAAAGCCGUCAAGGCGCUGCGCACGCUCAAGGCCAAGCUCGAGACGCGGCUGCAGCGCUACACGAGCAAGACGAGCGGCCCAGUGCCCGGCCGUCCGCACCACUUCUCCGACUUUGCUCGUCUGGCUCGGCGCCUGACGGGCAAGAGCAUUGGCCUCGUGCUCGGCGGCGGUGGAGCCCGUGGCUGCGCCCACAUCGGCUUCCUGCGCGCCCUGGAGGAGCGUGGCAUUCCCGUCGACAUGGUCGGCGGCACGAGCAUCGGCUCGCUUGUUGGCGGCCUGUACGCCAAGGAGGCUGAGAUGGUGACGACGUUCGGACGUGCCAAGAAGUUCGCGGGCCGCAUGGCGAGCAUCUGGCGCUUCGUCACGGACCUCACGUAUCCGGUCGUGAGCUACACGACGGGGCACGAGUUCAAUCGCGGCGUUUUCAAGGCGCUUGGAGAGACGCACAUCGAGGACAUGUGGCUGCCGUUCUUCUGCAACACGACGAACAUCACUUGGAGCCGCAUGGAGGUGCACACGACGGGCUAUGCGUGGCGCUACAUCCGCGGCAGCAUGACGCUCGCCGGCCUCAUCCCGCCGCUCGUCGACGACGGGCAUAUGCUCGUCGACGGCGGCUACAUGGACAACCUGCCCGUGUCGGUGAUGAUGGCGAUGGGCGCGCACGACGUGUUUGCCGUCGACGUCGGCAGCAUCGACGACACGUCGCCGCGCAGCUACGGCGACACGCUCUCGGGCUGGUGGGUGCUGAUCAACAAGUGGAACCCGUGGAGCGACGCGCACAACAUCCCCAGCAUCACCGACAUCCAGGGCCGCCUCACGUACGUCUCGUCGGCCAAGACGCUCGAGGAGGCCAAGAACACGCCCGGCUGCUUCUACAUCAAGAUGCCCGUCGAGGGCACGGGCACGAUGGAGUUUGCCAAGUUCACCGAGACGGAGUUGCUCGGCUACGACGCCGCGUGCCGCGCGCUCGACGGCUGGGCGAAGGAGGGCUCGCUGCCGACGGGCAUGAGCAGCGAGAUCAUGCCGGGCCUGCGCCGCCGCGGCGUUGGCGCACGGCGCAACAGUGUGUGAAGCGCAUCAGCAAUGGAAUUCAAAGUCCAGCACCGGC